UUUGCUCUUCAUCUUCUCUCUCUCUCUCUCUCUCUCUCUCUCUCUCUCUCUCUCUCUCUUCUCUUCUUCACAAAAUCUUCAAAUUCUGAAUCUUGAGAUCAAACCCGGUAGAUAUUUUCCACCUGUUCAUCGAUCCAUGGCUUCAGAUCAUUCGACCAGAUCAUGUUUCAAGAAAAGAAAGAUCGAAGAGGAAGAAUACGGAUCGUGUUCAUCGCUCGAAGCUCUCCCCGUAGAAAUCAUCGCCGACAUAUUUUCUCGGCUUCCAAUCACGUCCCUCGUCCGUCUCACGUUCGUCUGCAGAUCCUGGAGAUCGCUGGCUCAAGAUCCUCUCCUCCUCAACGCGCAUCUCUCUUCCUCUGCAAAUCCCGCACGACCAUGUCUCCUCUUCCACUGCGAUUUCCCCAUACGAAACGAGCUUCACUUCUCGGACUUAUCCUCUUACGGAUCCUCGGAAGAAGCCGGAAGAUCGUCCAAGACCAAGAAAUUCAGCCUGCCUUUCGCGGCCGCAAUGCCCGAGUUCGAUGUGGUCGGCUCAUGCAAUGGCUUGUUGUGCUUGUCGGAUUCGCUCUACAACGAUUCGCUCUACGUCUACAAUCCCUUCACUAGAAACUGCGUAGAGCUUCCGGAGACUUCGGCCAAGUACCACGACCAAGAACUCGUGUUCGGCUUCGGUUUCCAUCCAAGAACCAAGGAUUACAAGGUAGUGAAGAUAGUUUAUUACAGAAGUAACAGUAACGGUAACAGUAGUAGCAGUAGCAGUGGUUACAGGGCCCGUGGUAGGAUCCAAUUCAAACAAUCCGAGGUUCAUGUCCUAACUUUGUCUUCAAGAACCGAGUUAUUGUCAUGGAGAAGCUUAGGUAAAGCGCCUUAUAAGUUUGUGAAACGUUCGUCCGAGGCAUUGGUCAACGGUAGGUUGCAUUUCGUGACACGACCUCGUCGACAUGUGCCUGCCCGUAAGUUCAUAUCGUUUGAUUUGGAGGACGAAGAGUUCAGAGAGAUCCCUAAACCGGAUUCAGGAGGGCUAAACCGGAGCAACCACAGGCUCGUGAACCUCAAAGGGUGUCUAAGUGCGGUCGUGUACGGAAACUACGGGAAAUUGGACAUAUGGGUCAUGAAGAGUUAUGGAGUCAAAGAAUCUUGGGUCAAAGAGUAUAGCGUCGGAGCUUACUUGCCAAAGGGGCUAAAGCAGAAUUUGGAUAGACCGAUGUGGAUAUGGAAGAACGCCGAGAACGGGAAAGUCGUUAGGGUUUUAUGCGUUUUGGAAAACGGCGAGAUCUUGUUGGAGUAUAAGAGUAGGGUUCUCGUUUCAUAUGAUCCGAACAAAGGUAAGUUCAAAGAUCUUGUCCUCUCCGGCUUGCCCAAUUGGUUUCACACCGUUGUUCAUGUCGGAACUUUGGCUUGGUUCGACACACCGAUAGAUGUAUGACAAGAGAGGGAUUUUUUUUUUUUUUUUUUUUUGG